CUUCUCACUGUUAAGUCAUUCUCUUCUCUGAGCUCCCGGCUCUUACAGUUGGACACACCUGGCUGGCGCCUCAGAUCAAACCAUGGCUCUCUUUAUGGAAAAUAUAUGGAAUGAUAGUGAUUUUUAUAUGCUAUAUGGCAGUGAGUUUGAAAAUUUCACCGGCAUGCCACCCACAGAAACAAAUCAUAGCCCCUGUCAAGUAGACACUGAUACAAUCAACAAGUAUGCUGUGAUCAUCAUCUAUGCCCUGGUCUUCCUGCUCAGCCUGCUGGGAAACUCCCUGGUGAUGCUGGUCGUCUUGUACAGUCAGGUCAGCCGCUCGGUCACUGAUGUCUACCUGCUGAACCUGGCCAUCGCCGACCUGCUCUUCGCCCUGACCUUGCCUAUCUGGGCUGCCUCCAAGGCAAAGGGCUGGGUCUUUGGCACAUCCCUGUGCAAGGUGGUCUCGCUCCUAAAGGAAGUCAAUUUCUACAGUGGAAUUCUACUACUGGCCUGCAUCAGUGUGGACCGCUACCUGGCCAUUGUCCACGCCACACGCACACUGACGCAGAAGCGGCACUGGGUCAAGUUCAUAUGCAUAGGCAUCUGGGCCCUAUCGUUGGUCCUGUCCCUGCCCCUCUUCGUGUUUCGCAGGGCCUAUCAACCACCGGAUUCCAGCCUCGUCUGCUACGAGGACAUGGGCGCCAAUACAACAAAAUGGCGCCUGGUGAUGCGGUUCCUGCCGCAGACCUUUGGCUUCGUCCUGCCUCUGCUGAUCAUGCUGUUCUUCUAUGGGUUCACACUGCGCACGCUGUUUCAGGCCCACCUGGGGCAGAAGCACCGGGCCAUGCGGGUCAUCUUUGCUGUCGUGCUCGUCUUCCUGCUCUGCUGGCUGCCCUACAACCUGGUCCUGAUGGCAGACACCCUCAUGAGGUUGGGGGUGAUCCAGGAGACCUGUGUCCGCCGAAAGGACAUUGGCCACGCCCUGGAAGCCACCGAGAUUCUGGGCUUCCUCCACAGCUGCCUCAAUCCCCUCAUCUAUGCCUUCAUUGGCCAGAAAUUUCGCCAUGGACUCCUCAAGAUCAUGGCCAUCCAUGGCCUGGUCAGCAAGGAGUUCUUGGCCAAGGAAGCCAGGCCUUCCUUUGUUGGCUCUUCUUCAGGGAACACUUCUACUACCCUCUAAGACCCCUGCACUUGUCACAGCCCCUCAGGGAUGCUCCCUUCUCAGCAGCACCCAAGCCUCAUGACACUGGCUGUUCACAGUCUCUGAGCUGUGUCACGGAGGCACUCCAUCGAGGUGACAGGAAGUUGCUGAGGCCACAUUCUUACCAGGCCCUCGCUGUAUGGUUUAGAAAGCCUGGCGCCCCACCCCUGACUGUAAUACCAUGUCAACUGCGAAAGCUCUGUCCGUUGUUCCACAGAGCCCAUAACAUUCUGUCUUCUGAGACAUUUCAAAGACAGCCUUUUAAGUAACUACAAAUAGCUCCCACCAUUGGGAGCCAACACCACAGUUGCUUCGCCAACACUUCCCUUGCCUGCUAACAAAAUCUACUUCCCUUGAGAAAAGCUGAAAAUGACAGAUAUUCACUUUCUAAGAUUCCCUUAAGCUAGGAGUGGCCAUAUCAUCCAGUUCUGACUACUAAGAUUUACGGGCAAGAAUGUGCUGAUAAACCAUUCUCCUACGGAAAAAAGUCCUGAUUUGUAGUGUUCACCAUCUUUCAUGGUAUAAAUUCUCCCACCAUUGCAAUUUCAAGGGUGAUGGGGUUUAGCAACCAGCUUACAAAAUUCUAGAAAAUGUAAUAAUCUACUUUCACAGGCUGGUACAAACUGGCUUCAGUACACCAUU